UAUAAGUACUUGUUGACGUGAGGUCUCCUUGGCAACAGUUAACUCCAAGUCCCACAGUUCUUAGCGGAUAUUUCCGGAAGUAAUUGGCCGCCAUUGCGUUAACGAAAACGAGACGCGUGUUUUCAGGUAAAAUUGGUGAUUCGUUAAAAAGACGCAGCCAUGCCGCCCGGGCCUGUUCAAAUGGUUCAGCCUGAGCCUAACAACAAGAAUGAUACACCUCCGGAGGAAACUCCAGCCACUAAACCUAUUGUUGGCAUCAUAUAUCCUCCUCCUGAGGUCCGUAAUAUAGUUGACAAGACUGCGAGCUUUGUUGCCAGGAAUGGGCCUGAGUUUGAAGCAAGAAUCCGUCAGAAUGAGAUCAACAAUCCAAAAUUUAAUUUCCUCAACCCCAACGAUCCCUACCAUGCUUACUACCGCCACAAAGUCAAUGAGUUUAAGGAGGGCAAAGCUCAAGAACCGUCCGCCGCAGUGCCCAAGGUUAUGCAGCAGGCUAUGCAGCAAUCUCAGCAGCUUCCACAAAAAGUGCAGUCCCAGGUGAUUCAGGAAACUGUGGUCCCCAAAGAACCGCCUCCAGAGUUUGAAUUCAUAGCUGAUCCUCCAUCAAUCUCUGCAUUCGAUCUUGAUGUUGUGAAGCUCACUGCCCAGUUUGUUGCACGAAACGGCCGUCAGUUUCUCACCCAGCUCAUGCAAAAAGAACAGAGGAACUACCAAUUUGACUUUUUGAGACCCCAGCACAGCCUUUUCAACUACUUCACAAAACUGGUGGAACAAUAUACCAAGAUUCUGAUCCCCCCAAAGGGUCUGCUGGCCAAACUAAAGAGAGAGGCUGAGAAUCCAAAGGAGGUUAUGGACCAGGUGAGAUACCGUGUUGAGUGGGCAAAGUACCAGGAGCGUGAGAGAAAGAAGGAGGAAGAGGAGCGAGAGAAGGAACGCGUAGCCUAUGCUCAAAUUGACUGGCAUGACUUUGUCGUGGUGGAGACUGUGGACUUCCAGCCCAAUGAACAAGGCCACUUCCCCCCACCUACCACUCCAGAGGAGCUUGGUGCUCGAAUCCUCAUCCAGGAGCGCUAUGAGAAGUAUGGAGAAAGUGAGGAGGUGGAGAUGGAAGUUGAGAGUGAGGAUGAAGAGGAUGAACGGGAGAAACGAGCCGGAGGUCAACCCUCACAGCCUGACCAAGACACACAAGUGCAGGACAUGGAUGAGGGAUCAGAUGAUGAGGACGAUGGAAUUAAAGCUCCACUUCCACCUGACAACCCCAUGCCACCUCCUCUGCCCCCGACUCCAGACCACGUCAUCAUUCGAAAAGACUAUGAUCCCAAAGCCUCCAAGCCUAUGCCCUCAGUUGCAGCUCCAGAUGAGUACCUCAUUUCACCAAUCACUGGUGAGAAGAUCCCAGCCAGCAAGAUGCAGGAGCACAUGCGCAUUGGUCUGCUGGACCCACGCUGGCUGGAACAAAGAGACCGCAGCAUCAGGGAUAGACAGACAGAGGAUGAAGUCUAUGCUCCUGGUCUGGAUAUCGAGAGCAGCUUGAAGCAGCUCGCUGAGAGGCGUACUGAUAUCUUUGGUGUUGAAGAGACAGCCAUUGGUAAGAAGAUUGGUGAAGAGGAAAUCCAGAAGCCAGAGGAGAAGGUUACCUGGGAUGGCCACUCUGGAAGCAUGGCUCGCACCCAGCAGGCAGCGCAGGCCAACAUCACUCUACAGGAGCAGAUCGAAGCUAUUCAUAAGGCCAAAGGCCUGGUUGGAGAGGAUGACACUAAAGAGAAGAUUGGUCCAAACAAGCCAAGUGAAAAUCAUCAGCCUCCCAUGCCCUCUUCUGCAGUCAACUUACCCAAACCCAGCCCCCCAGUCUCAUCUGUGCCUCGACCCCCUGUUUCUAUGGCCCCUCCGGUGCGGACCACUCUUCUGUCUGCUGUGCCGGUGCUUCCAAGGCCUCCUGUGGUGCGCAUUACCCCAGGCCAAGUUCUCACAUCAAUGCCUCCCAUGAUUCCUGGCCCACGCAUCAACGUUGUUCCUAUGCCACCGUCUGCACCUCAUGUCAUGGCCCCCAGACCACCUCCCAUGGUUGUUCCUACAGCAUUUGUUCCCGCUCCUCCAAUGCCUCAACCUCCAAGCGCUGCUCCAGCUCCCCCCCACCAUCCACCCCCACCGCAUGAAGACGAGCCAUCCAGCAAGAAGAUGAAAACGGAGGAUAACCUCAUGCCAGAGGAGGAGUUCCUUCGUAGAAACAAGGGUCCUGUGGCUGUAAAGGUUCAGGUCCCCAACAUGCAAGACAAGACUGAAUGGAAGCUGAAUGGGCAGAUUUUGAAUUUCACUGUUCCUCUCACAGACCAGGUGUCUGUAAUUAAAGUCAAAAUCCAUGAAGCCACAGGCAUGCCAGCAGGAAAACAAAAGCUACAAUACGAGGGAAUUUUCAUCAAAGAUUCCAACUCUCUGGCUUACUACAACAUGAUGAAUGGUUCAAUCAUUCAUCUGGCUCUGAAAGAAAGAGGUGGAAGAAAGAAAUGAACUGUUACUUCAAAAAACAAAACAAAAAGUGUCGUUUGUGUUUUUCAGUUUAAUUUUGUUGAUUAGUUUUUGUUUCAGCGUAAAUUUUGAAAUGAUUAGUCUUGGAUAUCUGUGUAAAGUCAUGCUCCUGUAUAGAAUUGACUCAAAAUUUGGUUCAUCUUAUAAUUUGUUUUUAAAUAACAUUUGAGUUACUAUUUGGGGAACACCAUGUAUGUCUCACCCAUUGAAAUAAAAUUUAAAAUGACA